AUGGAACCAGAGGCUGAAGACCCAGACAACAAUGAUAACUUGGUCACUUGGUCGGGUUCAGAUGGUUCCCAGGAGCUGUGUGUCUCCGAGUCCUUGGCAGAGUCCUAUUAUGAAGAUGAUGCCAGUGAUGCAGAGUACCCUUUAGACCCUCAGCCUGCUCAUAUCCCUCAGCCUGACCUCAAGUCCCCAGAACGCCGCCAAUCACAAGACUGGGAGUCUGCAGGUGAACAACAAUCCAUGCCUGAACUUAGUGGAAGUGAAGAGGAUGUUUCAUAUCAAGAGGAGGAAGACAUCUACCUUAGUGAAUCAAGAGAGUCCAUUAGAGAAUCUCCUCACAUCCAACCUUCACCAACAUCACCGUCCCCACACCCUCAGCGGCCAGACUCCGAGCCUCAAGCCGGGCAGAUAUCGAGGCCGCAUUCCCAGUCAUCUUCCUCCUCUCUGGGCUGUGCUGCAGAUAUGACCCUGGCCUUGACCCUGACCACAGAACAACCCCUGGGAUCCAGUAAUAGACAGGGCCUCGGGACUGGGAACAGGAGGGUUGAAUCCUCAGAGGAAGGAGGGAGCAGUGAAGCACCUCCUGCUUCUGUCUUCUUUGGAAUUUCAGGCGAGGGUGCUGAGCAGGCAGAGAAGUGGAACUCUGAGUCUGACACGGAUCUGUGCAGACCGGACCGGCACAGGACAAGGCACACACGGCUCAGUCACAACGAGAGCCAAUCAGAAAGACAGGUCAAGGAGACCAAAUCUAAAUGUAAGCGAAUUGCUCGGCUUCUAACAGAUGCACCCAACCCUCAUAAUAAGGGGGCCUUGCUGUUUAAAAAACGCCGCCAGAGGGUCAAGAAGUAUACUCUUGUGAGUUACGGGACUGGUGAUAACAGGCUUGACAGCGAAGACCAAAUAGAGGAGGAAACUGAAGAAGUCAGAUCAGCUGGGUAUCACUUUGUGGCAACAAGUGAAUCAGAGUUAGAGGAGGAGUAUUCUGCUCAUCACCAGCAGCAUAAUUUGAGUCUGAAUUGGGGAAGUGUUCGAGAAAUGGAAGCGCUACCGGAAACAAAAGGGAAAGGUGUUUUGAUGUUUGCACAACGCCGCAAGCGGAUGGAUGAAAUUGUGUCAGAACAUGAAGAGCUGAGCAAAGGAAUACCUGUGGAGACGUUAACAGAACCGGAGAGUGCAGACGAACAGAACGUUUAUGACACUAAGGAAAUGUACGUGCACACUGAUCAGGCCAACUACAUGGACGUAAAUCUCAAACAGCACGUAGAAUGCCGAGAAAAUAUCGAUCACAUGAACCACCUGUCCAAUGUGUCAAGACCCUUGGUGCCAAACAGAACUGCGAAGCCUUUCCAAGGAUUUCAAGACGGCACAGCAGCCGCUGUCAUGCCUGGUGGCGUCGCUCCAGCCACGAAGAAGCACGAACCGAGAUUCAGGGUACCUGUGCUUAUUAAUACUAACCCACAGGUUUGGUCCCCAACUGGAGACAUCAUAGCCUCAAGAGAUGAGCGAAUAUCUGUGCCAGCAAUCAAGACCGUCAUCCUACCAGAGUCCAAACGGAAAGGCACUAACAAAGAGCAAUCCACGCUUGCGCAAGAUCUUUGCCUUCAAAACAAAGGGGAAAGGAGGUCUUACAUCGAGUCAGAGGAAGACUGUUUUAGUCUCGGUGCUGAGGCUUGCAACUUUAUGCAGCCAAGAACAAUGAAACUCAAGAAUCCUCCUCCAGUUGCCCCAAAACCCACCAUCAACCCAUCCUGCCCACCUUGGAUGAGAAGGAGUCCUUCUGGUGAGCCCUAUAUUCCACCAAGAAGUCCGGUUUCACAGCCUUCUCACAGUUCUGCAGGGCCUCAUAGUCAGCAUUACUUACAGCAGCAAGAUUGGGCUCAGUCUCAACAGAUGGCCAACCACUGGGCACCGGAUCAAACUCAGGCAACACUUCAAACACAUGCCAAUGCCUGGGCUCCGGUCAACUCCUCUUCUCAGCUUCAUCUUCAGCCAACCACAAAUAGCUGGAGUCAACAGCCGCCACGAUCCCCUGUGAGUAUACCAGCCCGCAGUCCUACUUACAGCCCACAUCACCCACCUUCACCAUCAAGGAAUAAGUCAGACAGUGCUCCACACUCAGUCGCCUCUUGCCCUCCACAAGCAGGAAAGUCAUACGUCCAGGCAUCCAAAGCACCACAGGCUUCUCCAAAGGGUCGAGUCUCAGACAGAGGCAUUACUCGAACCGGCGAUGGUCCAACUAUGGCGGGAAAAGGCGCAGAGUUGUUUGCCAAAAGACAGUCCCGUAUGGAGAAGUUUGUUGUUGAUGCUGAAUCAGUGCAAGCUAACAAAACAAGAUCCCCAUCCCCAAUCUCAUCCCUCCCCAGCUAUUGGAGGUAUUCUUCCAAUGUUCGUGCUCCUCCUCCUUUAUCAUACAAUCCCCUUCUUGCUCCUUUCUACCCUCCAUCAGCAACCAAGCAACCCCCUUCCACAAGUCCCAAAAUCAAGCCGAAGACCAAAGAGAAACCUAAAGCGGCCCCAAAGCACCUCAAUGCCUUAGAUAUUAUGAAACAUCAGCCUUAUCAGUUGGACUCGUCACUGUUCAAGUAUGAUGCAGUCCCCGAGGCCAAAAGCCCAAGCCCCAAACCAACUCCAGUGUCAAAGUUUGAGCUCACCAAAAGCCGUAGACAUAGAUCUGCCCCUUCUCAUUCUACUUAUAAUGCCCCCGAGCUGGCCGUUCAAAUCAAGGCAGAGGUCCCCGCUAAGUCUCCUGCAUCGGUAAGUUCCCAAAAUCCUUCUGCCCGCCAAAGCACAGGAUCGGCUGAGCCUCUUGCAACUGACAAGGUCUUGGGUGAAAAGCACACCGUCGCACCUGCAGCCCGUCACAUAACCAAUGAGCAAGCACCGAGCGCCCGCCCUGCAAGCGCAUCCUCCCAACAGUCAUCCAUUGGUGACAGCAUAGCUUCAGCUUAUUCUCCUGCAUCUCUUAUUGCUAGGGGCGCACGUCAAAUGGCACCUCGGCCAAAAUUUUCUGCUAAGAAGCCAGUGGUGACAGGCGCACAGUGGAGGCCUGUUGCCAUGCUUCAUUAGCUCUACUACUGUACAAGGUCACGCUUCAGUGUACACGAUUACAUCUGCAACUCCGUAGCCUCUAAAAUGUCUUUAACAGGUGGAAAUAUGUAGACUUUUGCACUGUCUUAAUGUAGGACACAUCCAAAAUCAUUUACAGUGUGCAGCUAUAAGGAUAUAUUUAGCUGGCAAUGUAAGAACGCAUGAGAGGGCAGUUGAAUUUACAGCAAAGCUAGAUUUAAAAAUGCAACUCAAUGGAAUAUAACCUGAAAUAACUAUUUUGGCACAUUACCUGGUUGGUGAAUGUGUGCUUGAAAAAAGGAAAUGUGAGACUAAAAAUGUUGAGUGAUUCUCAGGAAGUGCUAUUACAUGUGCAAUAAUGUGUGCAGAGAGCCUUCAGCCUUCAGCCGAGGCCUCUCGUUUGUCGUUUUUCUUUGUAAGAAAUAAGAUUACAUGCAUGACGAGUAUUUCUAUCUGUCGGUAGUCAUCAUUUAUGCCAAAAACUACACACAAUAACAUUUAUUAACACAUCGAUUUAAUAAAUUCAAAUUUAAGUUUAAAACACACUGACAUAACGUAACUGACUUUUAUAAUUCUGUUCAGAGAAUAUUUGAAUGAUUUGUGUGUCUGGGGAGAAACCGUCACUUCUUUUUUUUUUUUUUUGGAUGCAUACGAUUUGCAAUUCCUUCAGUCUCAUUCCAAACUUUUAUGGCAUCACAACAGCUAAAAGCAUUCAUGUUAGUUGUGAUCAUUAACUCCUGAUGACUUUAAAUGUUUUGUAUGUGGGUUGAUUCAGUCGUGGCCAGUCACUGGACCGUCAGUGAAGUCAUCAGACAUUUUGUAUCCUGAACACGAACACGUGAUCGCAGAGAUACAAUGAAAACAGGAAACACUUGUCUUGAUCGUCUUUACGUCUCUGUCUUCAAACAUAUCACUGUUUAUUGCACUUCUUGUACUCAGCACAGUCAUGCCAUUAAAUUUCUCUUUCCUUCUACUUGUGGACUUCUUCUGUGUGUCACGAGCUUUCCUGAACUCCUGCUUCUGUUUCUGAGUCACCUGUGUUUCCUCCCUCGUCUCUCUCACCGCCUCACACAGAAUCUACCUGUACUUACUGAAGGUGAACGCUGACCACGCUGACUUCACGUUUCAGCCUGACUGGAUCGUCUUUGCAUGCUUUCACAGCAUGUCCAUCAGCUCACCUUCAGCUCUGAACGUCGGGAAAGUUUGGAACUAUGAUCGCGGCCGUCCAAAGAUUUUCUGCAAAGGAAAUCCACCCUAAAACAGAAUUUACAUUUUGCUAUUCUAGUGAUUUCUUGAGUGCUAAGAAUACUUAAAUUGGUAUCUACUAUCACAGUAAAAACUACGUUAGCUGUUAUAGUUAGAUGUAAAGACAGACCUGAUACUGUUUUUCAUUGUUCAUCACUCGAGGUGAACAGCCCCCCUACACACAGCUGCAGAACAGGCUGAUGCUAUUCAUGCUCAUUCAGACUACAUGGAUUAUAUUACAACAAGCGCUGCUCAGGGUGAGCUGUUCUCCUGUUGCUGUUGAGAUGUUGAGGAUUCAGGAGGAUCUGCUGCCAGAAAUGGAAAAUACAAGUCAG